UGUGUGUCUAGCAAGACGUGUGCUUUUGCAGGCCGUUCUUUCUGAAAUUCUGAAUGAUUCGGAAAAAUGGCAGAUUCUGAGGUCUUGAAGAUAUUGAAGGAUAUUCCAUUUAAAAUUCAGACCGCAAGUUUGAAAGGAAGACGUGAAGUAAUUGAAGAAAUUCGGAAUGUUUUAUCAACUCCAGGUAUAAGUGAACCAGCAGUACGGUAUGUGUGCAGAGUGUUGUUAUUGACACUAAACCGGUAUCGAGACUCCACUUCUCAGUCCUAUGUGAAAGGCUUACUUGCCUACCUGUCAACACAGCACAAAGAAUGGACUCUGAAGAGCCUGUUGCCUGCACUACUCGAGGUUUCUGAACAACUUAAGAAUAUAGCACCAUCGAAAAACACUAGUCAAACAGGAUUGUAUGCACUGCGCUGGAGCACAGUACUGGUGGAAGGAGCCCUAAAGGACUCUGAGGAUGCACUGGACUAUAACACACUAGUAUUGGCCCAGGCCAAUCUGCUCGCAGUUGUCACUGCUUAUGGGGAUAAGAAGAAAAAUGAAAAGGGAUACUCAUUGUUGCACAAUUUAUGGAGGGCAAUGGGUAGUGAGAGGCUGUCCAAAUGGAUGAAUGUGUUGCUGUCACAACCAUCUGACUCCGGCCCUCAAGUCUGUGUUGGUUUCUCUGCAAUCUGUCGCCAUGUCAAAAAUACUAGUGACGAAGCUCUUAUCGCAGCACAUAAGGCAAAAAUGCUAGAAAGCCUCACAAAAAGUCUGAUCAGUGUCAAAAUCCGUCCCAACUCUAACUUUAUCAGGGCUUGCUCUGAUCUGCUACAUAUUCUGCAAAAGACUGACGUACAAGAAACAUUAUUGCCAGCCCUGCACAAAGCCAUGUUGAGAAGUCCAGAAACCAUCACACAGACUGUUGGUGUGGUGCUUGAGAAUUUGGAUGUUUAUGUGGAUGGUGUAGCCAUUGAUAUUGGCAAGAGUCUGAUUGUGAGCCUGCACUCGCGCGACGCGUGGGUGCGCGCGCAGGCCCCGGCGGCGCUGCGGGCGCUGAGCCGCAGCUGCUCGGAGGCGGGGGCGGCGCGCACGCUGCUGGCGCACGCCUUCGCGCACUACAACGGCGCCGCCGGCAAGCUCACCUCCAGCGAGGACAAGAUCGCCGUGCUGCAUGGUGUGGGCACAUUAAGCGAGCUAGCUGUGUUGCCAGAGGACAGGCUCAAACUGUUUGAUGAAGUCGUUACACAGACUGGCCGUGUGCUUGACAGCGAGUCACAUGAACGGACAAUAUGCGUUGCUUUAGAGGCUCUGAACAGUUGGAUUCAAAGCCUGGACACUCCAUUACCCGAGAAAAUCCUGCAGAUAUAUAAGAAAGGUCUGUCAGCCAAGAGCACGACGCAGACAGUUCGCAUAGCGUACACCUCGUUAAUAUCGCGAGCUCUGCGCCGCGGGCCCGCGCACCGCCAGGCGCUGUGGGGCCCGCUGCUGGCCGCAGCCGACAAAGCCGCGCAGCAACCGUUGCAGCACUUGAUAGUGAGCGAGGGUAUAUGCGCGAUGGCGGCGCUGGCGCAACUGGACACAGAACAAGAACUGCCCACUUGUGGGACUGCGUGGACGGCGCUCACUCACCAUCAAAAGCAUGUGCUGCUUCACGACAGAGUGCUCGCCGCGGCACCCGAUGACGUCCUAACACAGGUCGGGUUGUUAUGCAGAACCGUUUUGGAAAAGUACGAGAGUGUUGCCACUGACAAAAAUUCACCCGUGUUGAAGGCAUUUAUACUAGUUCUUCUGUCUCCUGCGAAGUCGGUCCGGACUGCUGGCAUAGAGGAAGUGAAAGCGUUACUUGCCAGAGAAGAUCGAGCCAUAUUAGCGAGAAACUUAGUGCAAAAGUUGAAUGAAGUGUUGGAGGAAGGAAGGAUAUUCACUGUGAAAGAGAAGACCCCUCCUGAAGACAAAGUGGAUGUAACGGGAAAGAUGAUUUUGGAUUGCGUUCAAGCUCUCUGCUCCUUUAAAGGUUACAAAGUGGAGGACGCUGAGAGAUUAGCCUUGGAGGCCCUACCAUCUACCCACAAUCCCUUAGUAGAGGCCAUGAACAACAAUUCCUGGAUGAAGUUGGUCGCCUACCUAGGCCUGGAUGCUGGCCGCCUCGUGAACAGAUAUCUCACCCAGCUAAAACAGCUGUACAUCACCGACUUCACUUCCACUGAGACGGCGCGCCUCGUGGUGGCGACGCUGGUGCGCUGCGGGCCGGCGGGCGCGGGCGGCGCGGCCGUGCGCGCGGCGCUGGGCGCGCUGCAGCGCCCCGACCUGCUGCACGUGUCGCGCGACGACUACUUCGUGUUCCUCACGCCGCCCGGACUCCUGUACGACAAGAGCGUGGUGCCCGGCAUCGAGGAGAACAAGGAGAUGAAUUUGAAGCGCGAGAGCAAGGCGUACAGCUACAAGGAGCAGCUGGAAGAGUUGCAGCUCCGGCGCGAGAUCGACGAGAAGCGACGGAAGGAGGGCAAGAUUAAAGAGGUGCCGCUGUCAGCUAAACAGAAGGAAGCCAUGAAAACACAACUGGCUAAAGAAAACGCUAUUCGAGAAAGGUUGGCUGAGCUGUACAGCGGUGUAGAGAAAGCCGUGCAGCUGCUGGAAGCCACCAGUAACGGCUCCGCACUCGCGCUGGGCGUGAGCGCGCGCCGCAUCGUGCACACCUUGCUGACCGCGCUGCGGUCGCCGCUGGCCGCGCCGCGCGUCGCGCCCGCGUUCAUGCGGCUGCGGUUGGCGCUCAUGCCGCACCACCCGCUACUGGCCGACCACGUGGCGAGGACGACGCUCCGGUUGUCCAAGCCGCAAUGUGACCUGGAAUCCAGCUGGGAGGAGGAAGACCUCACAAAGGCGACCAUUCGCACCAUCAACUUGGUGUACGCCGAGACCGCCGCCGUCGGCAAGGACGCCGGUGACAACCCGCACAGGGUGAGCCAUCUCACUGCGCCAGGGUUCUGCUACGUGUUCCCAUUGCUCAAACAAGGAUUAACGAGCAGCACGGCGCGCGGCAACGAGGCGAUGAUGGUGAACGGGCUGGCCGUCAUAUCGCAGCACGCGGCGCUGCGCGGACAAACGCAGGACUUGUUCGCGCCCGACCAGCUGCACCCACAGCUGUUCCCCAUUGACCAGAUGUUCCGCCUGCUAAUCGAUCUCAUCGGCAGCAGCAGCGGGCGCGUGGCGGCGGCGUGCACCGUGGCGCUGCUGGAGACGGCGCGCGGGGCGGCGCGCGCGGAGCUGGCGCACGAUGACGUGCUGUGCCUGCUGGACGGCUUACAGAGCCCGCUCGAGGUCGUGCGAGACGCAGCGCUGCGUGCGCUACUGUGCGUAGUGGAUCGCAUUCCGCCUUUCCUCGAGGAGCCCGAGUACGCGCUCAAUCUCACCAUGCGCUUGUACGUCGCCACAUUCGACGUGUCCGAGGACAACAAGCGGCUGGCGGCGGAGCUGUGGGCGCGGCUCCCGCGCGCGGAGGAGUGGCUGAGCGCGCGCGCCGAGCCCGUGCGCGCGCUGCUGCUGCAGCAGGUGCAGCACCCGGCCGACGAGCUGCAGCGCGCGGCGGGCGCGGCGCUGGCGGCCGCCGUGGCGCGCGCGCCCGCCGUCGCCGCCGCCGCCGCCGCGCUGCAGCGCCUGCACCGCAUCUACGACGACAAGCUGCCGAUGAUCCCGGCGGUGCUGGACCAGUUCGGGCACCAGCAGGCGGCGGCCGUGGACGCGUGGGGCGCGCGGCGCGGCGUGGCGCGCGCGCUGCUGGCGCUGGCCCCGCAGCUGGCGGCGGACGCGGUGCCGAGCGCCAUGGCCUUCUUCGUGCAGCGCGCGCUGGCCGACCGCGCCGACCCCGUGCGCGACGCCAUGCUGGCCGCCGCCAUGGCGCUCGUCGACCUGCACGGCAAGGAAACGCUGAGCAGCCAGCUGCCAGUGUUCGAGCAGUUUCUGGACACGGCGCCGAAGUCUGGCGGCUACGACGCGGUGCGCCAGUGCGUCGUGCUGCUGGUGGGGUCGCUGGCGCGGCACCUGGCGCCCAACGACGCCCGCGUGCGCCCCAUAACGCUGCGCCUCAUAGCCGCCCUGUCCACGCCCAGCCAGCAGGUGCAAGAAGCAGUAAGCAACUGCCUGCCACACUUGGUAACGUCGCCCGCACUGGAAAAAGAAAUCCCUACCAUCGUCAACAAGCUACUCAAACAACUGCUCACUGCUGAGAAAUAUGGCGACAGGAAGGGUGCCGCGUACGGUAUCGCUGGCAUUAUCAAGGGGCUCGGCAUCCUAUCACUGAAACAGCUUGAUGUGAUGGGGAAGCUAACCGAAGCUAUACAAGAGAAGAAGAAUUUCAAAUACAGGGAAGGAGCACUGUUCGGCUUCGAGAUGCUCUGUUGCAAGCUCGGUCGUCUCUUCGAGCCGUACAUAGUCCACGUGCUGCCACAUCUACUGCUGUGCUUCGGCGACAGUUCGCAGUACGUGCGAGCAGCGGCCGACGACACGGCCAAGCUUAUAAUGAGUCGCCUCUCUGCGCACGGUGUCAAGCUAGUGUUGCCAUCAUUGCUUCAAGCGCUCCAAGAUGACAACUGGCGGACUAAGGCGGGCUCGAUCGAGUUACUCGGCGCCAUGGCUUACUGCGCUCCGAAACAACUGUCUUCGUGUCUCCCGUCCAUCGUGCCCAAAUUAAUCGAGGUGUUGAGCGAUUCGCACAUGCGCGUGCAAGAGGCCGGUGCAGAGGCGCUCAAGGUCAUCGGCUCCGUCAUACGAAACCCAGAAAUUCAAGCCAUUGUACCUGUUCUUCUUCACGCUCUGCAAGACCCGUCCAACAAGACAUCACUCUGCCUCCAAACCCUACUCGACACCAAAUUCGUGCACUUCAUCGACGCUCCGUCUCUGGCUCUCAUCAUGCCAGUAGUGGAGCGAGCCUUCCUCGACCGCAGCACGGAAACGCGCAAGAUGGCCGCUCAGAUCAUUGGGAACAUGUACUCGCUCACUGACCAAAAGGAUCUCAUGCCAUAUCUGCCGAGCAUCAUCCCUGGACUUAAGAGCUCGUUGCUCGAUCCAGUGCCUGAGGUGCGCUCGGUGUCGGCCCGCGCCUUGGGAGCCAUGGUCCGCGGCAUGGGUGAAGGCAGCUUCGAGGAGCUCCUGCCGUGGCUGAUGCACACGCUGACCUCCGAGUCCUCGUCCGUGGAUCGCUCGGGCGCCGCGCAAGGCCUCUCGGAAGUCGUGGCAGGCCUCGGCUCGCACAAACUGCACAAGAUCAUGCCAGAUAUAAUAGCGACAGCGGAGCGCACCGACAUCGCCCCUCACGUCAAAGACGGCUACAUUAUGAUGUUCAUCUACAUGCCCGGCGCCUUCACCGACGAGUUUCUGCCGUACAUCGGCCAGAUCAUCAACCCGAUCCUCAAAGCACUCGCUGACGAGAAUGAGUACGUACGCGAAACUGCGUUAAAAGCUGGUCAGAGAAUAGUAAACCUUUACGCGGAGUCCGCAAUACAACUGCUACUGCCGGAACUAGAAAAUGGACUUUUCGACGACAACUGGCGUAUUCGAUACAGCUCUGUGCAGUUGCUCGGAGAUUUACUCUAUAGAAUAUCUGGAGUUUCCGGAAAAAUGAGUACGGAAACAGCGUCGGAAGACGAUAACUUUGGUACAGAACACUCGCACAAGGCGAUCAUGAAUGCGUUGGGUCCGGAAAGGAGGAAUCGGGUGCUCGCCGGGCUAUACAUGGGAAGGAGUGAUGUCGCGUUAAUGGUGCGACAGGCGGCGUUGCACGUUUGGAAGGUGGUUGUGACGAACACACCAAAAACUCUUCGUGAAAUUCUCCCGACGCUAUUCAACUUGUUAUUAGGUUGCUUGGCUUCCACCAGCUACGAUAAACGACAGGUUGCAGCCAGGACGCUCGGCGACUUGGUUAGGAAGCUAGGAGAGCGCGUGCUGCCCGACAUUGUGCCCAUCCUGGAGCGCGGGCUGCGCUCGGAGCGCGCCGACCAGCGGCAGGGCGUGUGCAUCGGGCUCGGGGAGAUCCUCGCCUCCACCUCGCGGGACGCUGUACUCGGCUUCGCGGAUGGCCUGGUGCCCACUGUUCGCACGGCUUUGUGCGACGAGUUGCCCGAGGUGCGCAUGGCGGCCGCGCGCGCGUUUGACUCGCUGCACGCCACCAUCGGCAACAAGGCCCUCGAUGAUAUCCUACCGCCCAUGCUGGAUGGGUUGCGCAACCCCGACCCCGCCGUGGCCGAUGCCACGCUGGACGGACUCAAACAGGUGAUGGCCAUCAAGUCCCGCGCGGUGCUGCCGUACCUCGUGCCGGUGCUGACGGGCAGCGGCGGCGGCGGCGCGGACACGCGCGCGCUGUCGGCGCUGGCGGCGGCGGCCGGCAACGCGCUGGUGCGCCACCUGCCGCGCGUGCUGCCCGCGCUGCUCAGCGCGCUGGUGGCGGCGCGCGGCUCGCCGGCCGAGGCCCGCGAGCUGGACUACUGCCGCGACGCGCUGCUGCCCGUGCUCGACGACGCGGGCGUCCGCUGCAUAAUCGACACGCUGAUGGACUGCGUGCGCACGGGCGGCGGCGAGGCGGGCGUGGCGGACAAGCGGCGCGCGGCGGCCGCGCUGCUGUGCGCGUUCGUGACGCACACGCGCGCCGACCUCAUCCCGCACGUGCCGGCGCUGCUGCGCGGCUUGCUGCUGCUGUUCGCCGAGAGCGAGCGGGAGGUGCUGCUGAUGGCGUGGGAGGCGCUGUCGGCGCUCACCAGGAUGCUGGAGGCGGAGAAGCAGCUGGGAUACGUGUCGGAAGUGAGGCAGGCGGUGCGGUACGCGGCUGCAGAUCUCAAGGGCGAACCGUUGCCAGGAUUUUGCUUACCUAAGGGCAUCGCACCAAUUCUGCCAUUGUUCCGAGAAGCUAUUCUCAACGGUCUACCGGAAGAGAAAGAGAACGCAGCGCUCAUGUUGGGCGAAAUUAUCAAACUGACGACCGCGGCCGCCAUACAACCGUCCGUGGUUCACAUCACCGGGCCACUGAUCAGAAUCCUCGGAGACAGGUUUAACUCGAGCGUCAAAGCUGCAGUUUUGGAGACACUGGCUUUACUCCUGUCAAAGGUUGGAGUGAUGCUCAAACAGUUCCUGCCGCAACUCCAGACCACAUUCGUCAAAGGCCUCAGCGAUGCCAACCGCCCCGUCCGCAUCAAAGCUGGCCUCGCGCUCUCACAACUCGUCCUCAUCCACACGCGUGCUGACCCCCUGUUCCUUGAAGUUCACAAUGGAGUCAAAAAUGCAGAUGACUUGAGUGUCAAAGAAACAAUGCUGCAAGCAUUGCGAAGUGUAAUAACAAAUGGAGGAGACAAGAUGUCAGAACAGCUCGCCCUCACAGUCCUAGCCAUGUUAACGUGCCCAGCCUUGCUCGCGCACCCGGAAGAUCCGCCUCGGAGCGGAGCCGGCGGGUGCCUCGGGGCUCUACUACACUGUCUGCCGACGGCGCACAGAGACGCAGCGCUACUGCACCAUGUACUGGCAGCGGGGAACCCCACGUCACAGUCCACACAAGCAAACGAAGACUGGUUACUGACCCAUGGACGCUCGUGCGCUCUAUUCGUUGCGUUAAAAGAAACCCCGGAUCAAAUAUACCAGGAUCAUUUCGAAGAGAAAAUUGAUAAAGCCUUGUUAGGAUACUUGAGCAGUGAUAAAAUACCUAUCGUUUGUAAUGGUAUUCGGGGAAUAGGAUACCUGAUAUGCCAUUUACUAAAAAAAGACAAACCCGUUCCUCCAAAUAUACUAUCACAAUUCGUUAGGAGCAUGAACCACAGCAACAACGACGUGAAACAGCUGAUGGCGCGCGCGAGCACGCUGGCGGCGCGCGGCGGCGCGCUGGGCGCGGACGGCGCGGGCGCCGACGUGCUGCGCGCGCUGCUGCCCGCGCUGGUCAACGGCACCAAGGAGAAGAACACGUACGUGCGCGCCAGCUCGGAGAACGCACUGCGCGCCGUGCUGCGCCUGCCGCAGGACGACGCCUUCUACCAGCAAUGCAUGGGGCUUCUGGAGGCCGGCGGGCGCGAGGCGCUUGGCGACGUGGUGACGCGGGUGCUGCGGCGCGCCGUGGCCGAUGGGCGCGAGGAAGACCUUGACUGUACGCUCGUUACCUGAGCGCCGCGUGCCAAUACACCUUUAUAAAUAUUAUAA